UCACUCUCACGCUUCGUCGCGAAGUCCGCUCAGCACGCCCUCCCCUUUUUCAAACUCCUUCGAAAGGAAGCAGCCUUCGAAUGGACCGAGGAAUGCGAACACGCACUUCGCCAUCUGAAGCAGAGCCUGUCUCAACCGCCCGUGCUGUCUCGACCAGAUGACAACGAGCCACUUUACCUAUACUUGGCAGUUUCAAACGAAGCCAUCAGUGCAGCUCUUGUCCGCGAGACUCCAGACGGGCAGAAACCUGUCUACUUCACGAGCAAAGCCUUACAAGGCCCCGAGAGCAGGUAUCAACAGAUAGAAAAGGUUGCACUGGCCCUCGUCAACGCUGCGAGGAGGCUCAGACAUUACUUUCUAGCACACACCAUCAUUGUGCGAACCGAUCAACCGGUGAGGCAACUCCUGGGUCGGCCAGAUAUGGCGGGCAGAAUGCUGAAGUGGUCCCUGGAACUCUCUGAAUUCGACAUUCAGUACGAGAGCAGGAAAGCCCUGAAAGCACAAGCCUUGGCCGACUUUGUCGCCGAGAUGACCACUAACGACAUUCCCCCGGGAAAGGGACACAAGUGGACCAUCUUCGUCGACGGAGCCUCCAGCUCGUCCGAAAGCGGCGCAGGGAUCCUCCUGGAAAACGAAGAAGGGGUGGUAAUCGAGCACUCCUUGGUUCUCUCCUUCCCGACAUCAAAUAACCAGGCAGAAUACGAAGCCCUGCUCGCGGGACUGAGAUUAGCCGAGGACCUAGGAGCCCGCGAAGUUCAAAUCUACACCGACUCCCAGCUCGUCGCUUCCCAAGUACAAGGAAGCUACCAGGCCAAGAAUGACAACCUCAUUGAGUACUUGAACUUAGUCAAAAAACACAUGGCAAAGUUCGUACGAGCAGAAAUCUCUCAUGUUCCCCGCGAGCAAAACACGAGGGCGGACAUAUUAUCCAAGCUCGCGAGCACACGAAAGAAAGGUGGGAAUAAAUCCGUCAUCCAGGAAUCUCUGGCACGACCGAGCAUCGAACCACCCUCGACUACGGUCGAGGUCCACGCCAUCGGGGAUGCCACGUCUUGGAUGACCCCGGUUUAUAAUUUCCUAACAAAGGGAGAACUCCCGUCGAACCAGGCCGAAGCUGCCAUAAUCAAGCGACGAGCAUGUUCCUAUGUUGUUCUCGAGCAGAAACUGUACAGAAGGGGAUUCUCCAUUCCCCUCCUGAAAUGCAUUGACGAGUCCGCCAUCCCCGACGUACUGCGGGAGAUACACGAAGGUAUCAACGCCCAGCACAUGGGCGGUAAAUCCUUGGCAAGGAAAGCCCUUCGAGCAGGAUACUACUGGCCGACGAUGCAACAGGACGCCAAGGAACACGUGAAAAAAUGUGACAAGUGCCAGAAGCACGGGGAUAUGCACCUCGCUCCCCCACACGAGCUGAACACAUUGUCGUCCCCAUGGCCGUUCGCCUGGUGGGGCAUGGACAUCCUCGGGCCCUUCGUGCAAGGGACCUAUCAGAACAAAUUUCUAAUCGUCGCCGUGGAUUACUUCACAAAAUGGAUCGAGGCCGAGGCACUCGCGAAAAUCACCUCACAUAACAUCCUCCGUUUCUACAAAAGAAACGUGCUCGCCAGGUUCGGAAUUCCGCAGGCACUGGUGACCGACAACGGUACCCAGUUCACCGACCACGGAUUCCGAGACUUCGUCACCAAGCUGGGGACCAAACAACACUUCACGUCGGUCGAACACCCUCAGACCAACGGGCAGGCCGAAGCCGCGAACAGAGUCAUCCUCCGAGGGCUCAAACGUCGACUCGGCGAGGCCAAAAGAGGAUGGGUCGAGGAGCUCCACAGCGUCCUAUGGGCAUACCGCACCACACCCCACUCAACGACUGGGGAAACACCAUUUCGACUGACCUACGGCACCGAAGCCGUCAUCCCGGUCGAGAUCAUGGAACCAUCCCGACGAACAGAGGAACCCCUCGACGAAGAGCUAAAUGACGAAGCACUAAGAGACGAACUCGACCUAGUCGAGGAAAUCCGAUCGGGGGCUGCCCUGCGCGAGGCCACCCUAAAACAACGAGUGGCUCUACGCCACAACGACAAGGUCAUCAAGCGCGAGUUCGAAAUAGGCAGCCUGGUACUACGCAGGAACCAGAAAGACUCCCGCGAAGGGAAGUUGGCCGCGAACUGGGAAGGACCUUACCGCGUCCACGGCACCACGGGUACCGGGGCGUACUAUCUCGAGCAGUUAGACGGAGAGCCAUUACCAAGACCCUGGAAUGCUGCCAAGUUGAAGCAGUACUACAGUUAG